CUCGCAACCAAAAACCGGCUGGCUUUCGUAAAUACCCCACCUGGAGAAUUUCUCGCAGCUGAAAGCCGCCCGGCUUUGGCGAAAGCCGCCCGGCUUUCGUUAAGCCUGGGGAUUUCUGCGCUGCUGAAACCCGGCCGGGUUUCGUAGAAACCGGCCAACCUUCGAAAUCACUCCACGAAUAAAACCACGACGACGAAAACCGGCCGGCUUUCGUGAAAGCCGCCCGGCUUUCGUGAUUUUCAUAAUGGGAUUUUUUCUCGCAGACGAAAACCGGCCGGCUUUCGUGAAAAGCGGCCGGCUUUCACCUAGUUGGGUCCUAGAACGGUCCUAAAGGCUAGUAACCGGGAAUUUUCGGACGGGUGUCAAACGGACCCCACCCGAACCACAACCAACAUACUCUACGACUUAAGAAACAAGCCUAUUAAUUAGAUAGUGUGUCUUACAUUACUUAUGAAUGUAGGAACACUAAAGAUAAACGGGAGAGACGCAAGGAUCCUUAUUGAUACCGGGGCGCAACGAUCAUUUGUGAGUGAGGCGUUCGCCAGCGGAUUCAACGGACCACUUGUACCGAUGACUCAAACCCUAUUGGUGUCCACGCCUCUAGGGGAUGAUAUCGAGAGAGAUAGCCACUAUCCAUCGUGUGAGGUGGAGGUGGAGGGACAGAACUUGACGUGUGACUUCGUACCGCUGAGCAUAAUCGAGUUUGAUGCAAUCCUCGGGAUGGAUUGGCUUGAGAAACAUCAUGCUAGGGUCGAUUGCUACACGAAGAUCCUUGAACUCGAAGGCGGUGAAGGGUUGACCUUACACUUCGAGGGGGAUAGAGGCAAAUCAAACAGUUGUAUCAUAUCCGCCGUGAGGGCGAGGAAUAUGAUGAGAAAGGGAUGCCACGCGUACCUAGCGUAUGUGGUGGACAAAACCAAAGAAGAGAUAGACAUCAAUAAUGUGAGAGUAGUGUGCAAGUAUCCGGAUGUCUUCCCAAAAGACUUGCCAGGACUUCCACCCGAUAGGGAGAUUGAAUUCGUGAUCGAGGUUGAACCCGACACCAAACCAAUCUCUAUACCGCCAUACAGAAUGGCACCCGCUGAACUUAACGAGUUGAAAACCCAAUUGCAAGAGCUAUUGGAUAACGGUUUCAUAAGGCCGAGUCACUCUCCGCGGGGAGCACCGGUCCUUUUCGUGAAAAAGAAAGAUGGAACACUUCGAAUGUGCAUAGACUAUCGUCAACUGAACAAGGUCACAAUCAAGAAUAGGUAUCCCUUGCCUAGGAUUGAUGACUUGUUUGAUCAGCUCCGAGGAGCGACGGUGUUUUCGAAGAUUGACUUGAGGUCGGGAUACCACCAACUGAAGAUAAAGGAGGAUGACAUACCGAAGAGUGCAUUCCGCACAAGGUAUGGUCAUUUCGAGUUCCUGGUUAUGUCAUUCGGGCUAACCAACGCCCCGACGGCAUUUAUGGACUUGAUGAACCGAGUAUUUCAUAAAUACUUGGACCGGUUUGUGAUUAUGUUCAUAGAUGAUAUCCUUAUUUACUCGAAGAGUGAAGAAGAGCGUGAGGAGCACUUGAUACUUGUUCUUGAGACACUACGGGAGAAGCAACUCUAUGCCAAGUUUUCCAAAUGUGAAUUUUGGCUAAGGGAGAUUGGCUUUCUCGGGCAUGUGGUUUCGGGAUCAGGGAUUGCCGUAGAUAACAAGAAGAUUGAGGCCAUUACUGAAUGGGAGAGGCCAAAGAACGUCAAGGAAAUUCGUAGUUUCCUUGGAUACCCUGCCGAAAAUUUGUGGAGAAGUUCUCAGUUUUGGCAUCGCCAUUGACAAAGCUCACUCGAAAGGGGGCCAAGUUUGUAUGGGAUGACCAAUGUGAGAAGGGAUUCCUUGAACUGAAGAAGUGGUUGACUGAGGCACCGGUACUCGCACUACCCAAACAGGGUGUGGGGUACGAUGUCUACAGUGACGCAAGCAUCCAAGGGCUUGGAUGUGUCUUGAUGCAGAAUGGGAGGGUGAUUGCCUAUGCUUCACGACAGUUGAAGAAGCAUGAGGUAAAUUAUCCCACUCAUGACUUAGAGCUGGGGGCGGUGGUGUUCGCAUUGAAGAUUUGGAGACAUUAUCUCUACGGGGAAACAUGCCAUAUAUACACCGACCACAAAAGUCUGAAGUACGUGUUUACUCAAAAAGAGUUAAACAUGAGACAGAGACGGUGGAUGGAGUUGAUAAAAGACUACCAUCUAGUUAUCGAGUACCACCCCGGUAAAGCCAACGUGGUAGCGGAUGCCUUGAGCCGAAAGAAUUCAUCUGGGGCAUUAUUGACUAGCUUGAGGGCAUUGAGAGCCCAAUUGGAGGUAUCCAACGAUGGUGCCUUGUUAGCUAGAUUCGAGGUGAGACCUACAUUACUUGAUGAAAUCAAGAAGGGUCAAGAAACCGACGAAGAACUUAUGAAGAUCCGUGAACGCAUGCUAGCGGGACCGGUUGAGGAUUUCAGGGAGAGAGACGAUGGUCUCUUAUUAUUUCGUGACCGAGUGUGUGUACUGUUGGAUGAUGAGCUCCGAAAGUCCAUCUUAGAGGAGGCUCAUUCAUCGGCGUAUGCCAUGCACCCGGGAGGCACGAAGAUGUACCGUGAUUUGAAGGAAAGUUACUGGUGGUCGGGUAUGAAGAGGGAAAUAGCUGAGUACAUUAGUAGGUGUCUUACUUGUCAGCAAGUUAAGGCAGAACAUCAACAUCCGGCUGGGUUACUACACCCACUUUCCAUUCCCGAAUGGAAGUGGGAGCACGUGACUAUGGAUUUCGUGGUGGGGCUGCCACGAACGGUUAAGAACUAUGAUGCCGUAUGGGUGGUGGUCGAUAGGCUCACGAAGAGUGCACACUUUCUGCCUAUCAACACUACCUAUGCACUGGAGAGGUUAGCCAAGUUGUAUGUGGACGAGAUCGUGAGGCUACAUGGGGUUCCUAUAACCAUUGUAUCCGAUAGAGAUCCGCGAUUCACAUCACGGUUUUGGCCGAAGUUCCAAGAAUCUAUGGGGACCAAAUUGAAAUUCAGUACAGCUUUUCAUCCACAAACGGAUGGGCAAUCUGAGCGGGUUAUACAGAUAUUAGAGGAUAUGCUGAGAGCCUGUGCAUUGGAGUUCCAAGGGAGUUGGGACAACCAUUUGUCACUUGUGGAGUUUUCCUAUAACAACAGUUAUCAGGCGAGUAUAGGCAUGCCUCCAUACGAGGCAUUGUAUGGGAGGAGAUGUCGUACACCGUUGUGUUGGGAUGAGGUUGGCAUGGCCAAACUCGAGAACACGGAAUUGGUGGAGAUCACCAAGUCUAAGGUGAAGAUGAUUCGUGAGAGACUUAAGGCGGCCCAGGAUAGACAGAAAAGUUACGCCGAUAAGCACCGAAGAGCCUUGGAGUUUAAGGUGGGGGAUGAAGUAUUUUUGAAAGUUUCACCUUGGAAGGGAAUCAUCCAAUUUCAGAGCCGAGGGAAACUUAACCCACGAUACAUAGGGCCAUUCGUGGUUCUUGAGAGGAUUGGGGCCGUGGCAUACCGAUUACAGUUGACUCCAGAAUUGGAGAAGAUACAUAACGUAUUCCAUGUGUCUAUGCUUAAGAAGUAUAUGCCGGAUCCAUCUCAUGUAUUUCUUGAAUUAUGCAAGUCAAGAAAUUGAGAAGCAAGAAAGUUCCAAUGGUUAAAGUCCUUUGGAAAAGUGACCGAGUCGAAGAGGAAACUUGGGAAACGGAAGCUUUGAUGAAAGAGCAAUACGCAUUUUUGUUUGAAUAAGCACUGUGAAUUUCGGUGACGAAAUUCCCGUUAAGGGGGGGUGAACUUGUAACACCGACCCCGAGCAUAUUUGCUUUCAGUAAAUUAUGUAAUAAACCUUGGAAGAUGAUUUAUGAAUUUGCGUAGUGGUAAAUUUUUAUUAUUUCUUUUACGUGAAUAGUAAAUUGCAUGUGGGGCCCACAGCGGGAACGGGGACCGCCCGAUAAUUCCCGAACCACAUAUUAUAUUCAUCUUGGUCUAGAUAAUAUGUAUAUGGUGGUGGAUAUUUUAUUUGGGCCAUAAGAAAGGCAUGGAGUUGACCGGUUGGUCAAACGGGGCCCAAUUACGGUAUUGGAAAUUUAACGGAUAACAGCCCGAAAUGAGUUCCGGAGGCUUCUAAAUUAAUGUUGGGGAAUGUACAUCUAUUCUAAAGGUCCAUAAUUAUUAGGGACGCGUGAUAUAUUUUAUUUGGCCCGAUGAAAUAAAAUAUAAUUAAAACGGACCGAGAAAUACAACUUUCGGGGCCGAUUGUACACACCGGGACAUAAUGGGAUGACCUCCCACAUAAGGGGGGCCACCCCACGUUUUUAGGUGACCAGAUUGACAAGUUAAGGGGGAGGGGCGUGCAUGAGGAAGCCUCAUGGAGACAAAGCCUACACCCACCCAUUAACUCCCUUGUCUUACUCCCUCAAUCAUCCCUCAAAUUGAUUGAGGAGAAGAUAUCCCCCCAUUCCAUUUCACCCGCACAAGCCUAACCUCAAGAGAGAGAGGAAGCUCUGGAGUUGACUUCUACAAACCUCAGCCACAGUUGGAGAAAGCUAGGAGGAAGGAAACCCAAGAGAAACUAAGUCAAAAGAAAGACCACGAAAGCCGCCCGGCUUUUGCCCAGGCAGUCCAGUUUUGCCUUUGCAUCGGUUUAAAACGAGGAUUUAUCAGGGAGCUCAACAAAGGCAACUAUUUCAGCACAUCAUAAGUUUCAGGUAGAACUUGAAGUUGCUACCAUUGCCCGUUGCUUCGGGAGGCUCAAGGGAGGAAGACGUGGUUCGUGCUUCUUCCGUUCUGUUUUAAAAACAAUUAAGUUAAUGCUCAUGGAUACUAUUUUAUUAAUGAUUACUUUGGGGGCUUGUAUGCCUAGUUAUGCCAAGUGUGGCUUGAACAAUUGUAAUAACGCUUCAGCUAUUUUAAAUGCAUGUUUUACAUUAUGUUUGUU